ACAACAACAACAACAACAACGACAACAACAACAACAACAACAACAACAUUAUCGACCAGCAUCAGUACAACCAAUAAAUCUUGUAAAUCGUCAAUAUAAUUCACCAAUAUCACUUUAUUCAAAUGGCAAUGUUCAAGACAUUAUGAAAGAUCAUAUUAGUCAUAUAACUCGUGUCAGUAUCGUCCCAGCAAUACCUAAGCAAUCACACGGUAAUUAUGUAAUUGGAGUAUCACCAUCAUAUAAUACAUAUACAACAGCGAAUACACCUAUUUGUUAUGUAAAACCAAAACAAAAUCUCUAUGGAUCAGACUUUUAA